GGAUGCGCGCGACGAGGUGCGCACUUCCCGUUGCGUUCGCUUCCGGGAAGUCAGGUCACGUCAAAUAAACAGUUCCCUUUAGUCACUGCAUUAGUCACUGCAUUCUUUUGCAGGCGGUGAUCGCGCCCGAAGUUAAAGACCGGAGAGUCGGCUGUCAGUCAUUCUGUCAUCAAGUACCACUCAGCAGUUUCCUGGCCGGCUCCAUCAUGUGUGAUCUCAGACAAGACAGCAACUUGGAGGCAGACCACAUGGCGGAUUUUUCCCAGAUGAACUGUCGCCUGGACUCAUACCGCGGCUCCAGUUUGGCCCAGCAGGUACCAGCAGAAAACUUGGCCCGGGCCGGCUUCUACUUCACUGGCCCUGCCGAUCGUGUCCGCUGUUUCAGUUGCCAGAAGACUGUGGAAAACUGGUGCAAGGGAGACACACCUGUGGAGAGGCAUAAAGAGGUUUCCCCAUCAUGCAGCUUUCUCAUCUGCACCCACCGCACCAAUUUCAACCUAAGUGGUGAAAACAGAAUGACCAACGGUUCCACAUACAACGAAGAAGCAGAAGAUAUGGAAUAUCGCUUGAGAACAGGAGAGGUGGUCGAUGAGUCCACCUACCCAAUAGCCCCUCACAUGAGGAGUGAGGAGGCCAGGCUUCAGACCCUCUCUUCUUGGCCCUCUACUGCUCCUGUGAGACCCAGAGAUCUGGCACAGGCCGGCCUCUACUACCUAGGCGUGGACGACCGGGUGCAGUGCUUCUGCUGUGGUGGCAUGCUGGCUGGUUGGGAAGCAGGGGACACCGCCUGGGCGGAGCAUACCAAACAUUUCCCCUACUGCUUCUUCAUCCUCGGUCACGAUGUGGGCAAUGUCCCAUUCCAGGGGGGUAUAGAGGAGGAGGAGGAGAGCAGCAGCAGACAACACGCUAACGUGUGUGUCCCUAUGGGGAGGUUGGAGGAGAGGCUUGGCAGCUUUGCAGGUGUCUUGCACCCCAUUGACCACGAGAGGCUUGCCACAGCUGGCUUCUACAGCGCAGGGACAGGAGAAGACAAGGUCUUGUGUUUCCGCUGUGGUGGAGGCCUGAAAGGCUGGCAGCCAGAAGAAGACCCUUGGGAAGAACAUGCCAAACACUACCCUGGAUGCAGCUUCCUGCUAGCAGAAAAAGGACAAGAAUUUGUCAACACUAUCCAGCUACAAGACCCACGACGGAAUAGAGCUGCUUCAAGUCAUCCGAAUGGAUUUUCUGGACAUGGAAAUGAGGUGCUGCAGUCUGCCAUGGCUCAGAUGGCCAUUGGGACGGGUCUGGAGCCCAGUGUGGUGGAAAAGACCAUCUUGGAGAAAAUCAACAAGACAGGCUCCGGCUACGCCAGCCUGGAAGCACUCAUGGAGGAUUGUCUUAACAACUCACCGGAGCAAGAUGAGGACCCGCUGGAGAAACUGCGGGAGCUGCAAAGGGAGAAACAGUGCAAAAUAUGUAUGGACAGAGAUAUUGUUAUCGUCUUCAUCCCAUGCGGACAUCUGGUCACCUGUAAGAAGUGUUCAGAGUCGCUCGUCAAGUGUCCAAUCUGCUGUGGAGCCAUAACGCAGAAGAUCCAGACCUAUAUCGCUUAAAGGGAAUCUCAGACUCUGGCCAAACUCCAACGCUGCUUUGUCACUUUCUUUAUAAUGUUGUAUUUUAAUAAUAAAUGUAGAUAGCCUCUGAUAUAUUUAAGGAUCAUGUUGUUUGCAUGAGAAUGAAAGCGAGUAAUUGCCCAUAAGCAACAAUAUUUUCACAAUCACUAAAAUGGUAAAUAGCUGUUAAUAUAAGAUGGGAUGAUACUGUACAUAGCUGAUGUUUUUAUUGGCCUUUAAUGGGUACGAAAACUUGUAAAUUUAAGAUUAAUUACCAUUUUGCAACACUUUAUUGCCAGAGGUGCCUUUUCUCUAGGUUCAUGUACUUGUGUCUCAUUUUGUUUUAUUUUGAUCAUUUGUUGACAGUGGCAAUUGAACUUGACGUGGGAAGUUUGUUUCAUUCACUUGCGUCUCUCCCUCAUCUAUUUAGUAUGGCGUACUUAUAGACUCAGUGUUCUCAUUGUGUGCUGCUCUGUCGUAUCGGAUCAUUAAUCCAUCAAAUUCUUUGUAACUGACCAAAUCAACUGUAGUGUAGGGCAUAUACAAUCAUACCCUGCAAUGAAUCAGUGUUGUGUGAAAUUGUUUUACCAUUCCAUCAAUCUGUUGUCAUCAAGAGUGAAUAAAUUGUAUUUUUUGGA